AUGACAUUUGGAGCUGUUCUCAACACUUCAUUCAUGAUUAUAUUUUUUACCAGCAUUGAAAUUAGAAAAUCUAAAGAGUAAGAGCUGGGAUUAUUCUAAUGGAUUCGUUUAUGCGAUGAUUUUACUUGCAUCGGUAUUCAAUGGGUUCGGAUAAGGUAUAUCUCAGCUUAGUCCGGUACCUACAUCGCUCAAUGUGCAAACAGAGAAGACCAAGGCAGUUAUAAGAAUAGCUGGUUGCAUAUUACUCUUCUUUUUGAAAAGCCAGUUGUAUAACUUCAGCAUGACCAUCACUUUGUUAAGGAGGACAAGAAUUAAAUUGAUUUGAACGAGGGAGAGAAAGAAAAAGUAGAGGAGGUGAAAAGAGAAACUGAUAAUAAUAAACAAAAAGGGGAAGGCAAAGACAAUUAAGAACAGUUUAAGCUUUCUAUGCUGGUUAUGACUGAAGGGUAAUAAAGUUGCGGCAUUAUUAAUCUAGUUAUAAAUUUAAUAAUGCGAGCUGUUACCAUUACUUUCAUUGAAGUCUAUAAGUAUGGAGCUCUUUUAUUCGUAAUGUGCUUCUUCUGGGGUUUCCGAGACAAUGCAAUCAAUACUCACUCUUAUGAGAUUUUGGGUAUUGAAUACAAGAAUAACUCAGAUCCAUCCUCAUUUUAUAAUAUCCUGCAUUUUACCAUUAUGGUUACUGGACUUGGAUACAUCUUCUGUGGAAUGCCAUUCUUCUUUGACUUUUAUAAAAAACUAGACACUGAGACAGUGGAUAAUAACUUUGAGACAAGACCCAGAUAGAGAUGA